GAACAAUUAGUCUAGAUCUUGUUAACGGUGACGAAAUUAAUUUUGUUGAACUACUUACCGCAGCUGACGAAUUAACACUUACAGAUUUAGUAGAUUACAUGCAAGAACAUAUCAUUAAUAUGGAUCGUAAUUGGUUCCAACAAAACAUAGUUCAAGUUUUCAAUACCGUCUCAAUUCCUAAAUUUGUACUUGACUCUAAUAUACUUGAUAGAAAACAUACAGCUUUAAUUUGUAGUUGGAUAGAUCGUAAGGAAGAUACAGCAAUUUAUCUUCCUAAUGAAAAUCCAUAUAAUCUAAAACUUUUGCUUAGGGGAACUCGAGAUGGAUUCUUGGUGGAAGACUUUCGAAAAAGGUGUUUUAACCAAGGUCCAACAUUAAUAGUUAUACAAACAAGUUCUUCUAAAUCCGGAAAAGCUAUAAUUGGAGGAUAUAACUCUUCAAGUUGGACAGGAUCAAAUAAGUUUACUCAUUCCGCAGAAAGUUUUAUAUUUUCUUUGCGUAAUGAUUCCCAUUCAUAUAUUUCUACUUUAAGUAGGAUUGUAACAGAAAAUGAUGCAAUAUCAGAUGAUGAUAGUCAUUUCAUUGGAUUUGGACAUGGCGAUUUGUAUAUUUUUAAGGGUAGUUGUCAGAAGAAAGAUUAUAUGUAUGGAAUUUUAGAUAAGAAUAAAUUUUCUAUGGAUGAAUUGGAAGUUUUUCAAGUUGUAAAAGAUUUAGAAACUUUACAAAUUCCCUAA